AUGGGUUGUUCAAAUUCCAAAGCAGCUGACACACUGAAUUCAGCUGAUGGAGGUAUUGAAAGUCUUAAGGAGAACUUUCUUCAAAGACUUCUCAAUACCGAUACGGUUAAAGAAUUGAGUAAAAAUGCUUUUGUUAGUGUUUUGAAUAAGUAUCCAGAAGCAAAGAAGAUUUUCAAUGUUCCCGAAACUACAAAAACAAAUGCUGAAUUACUCGGUACACGAGAAGUUCAAACAGCGAGCAAUAAUCUUUUGAAUCAUUAUAUCGAUAUUGUUAAAAAUGCAAAUGGUGAUCUCAAUACAGCUGCACAAAGUAAAGCCGAAGAGCUCAAGGAACUCGGCAUUAAAGCAGGAUAUAUUAAAACUUAUGGUGAAAAUCUCGUGCGAAACAGUGCAACAAGCGCUGACAAUCAACUGAGUGCGAGUGAAGAAACAGCCUGGAAGACACUUACUAAUGAAAUAACAAAUAAACUUACUACCGCAAUGGACAACUUGCCUAACUCAUAA